CGUGGCCGAGAGUCUGUCGUGCGGGCUUCCUUCCCCUUGCCAAGAGCGAUUCGGCCCGCCCGUCCUUCCGUCGCGGUGGCCUCUGUCGUCGAGAGGAGGACGAGGGAUCGGGAUAGUUGUAGCAGAGAGAGCAUUUUGUCCUCGUGCUCGGGUGUCGGGCGUUGGCGGGGUGCUCUUGCGUCGACGACGAGGGAUCCAAGGAUCCAAGGAUCCAGGUGCCCGCGACCGCGACCGCGAUCGGAGAGAGGCCUACCGCACUGGAUCGUUGGAGUGAGCCGCGAGUAGAUGCAGGUUCCUUUUUUCGUCGGACAGUUUGGGCGUGCCGGCCAGUCGCAGCAGCAGCAGCAGCAGCAGCAGCAGGAGGAGGAGGAGGAGGUGGAGGAGUACGAGGACGAGGAGCAGCAGCAGCAGCAGGAGUAGCAGCAGUCAGAGUCGAGCGUUCGGUGUCGGAGGUCUCUCCCGGAGCUCAGGUCUUUGGGAAUUAGGGUCCCUCGAUUGACAAUUGUGGCCGAUCCUUAUCUUUGAACGAAAUCGUUGUGGAGUUCUGAUCAUCAUGACACGGUGAUCACAUCAGGUGCACAGGUUUUGGGAGUGCGAGGCGAUUUCGUCAUUUAGAGCUGUUGCCCAAAUUAUUCCCCCGAUACUGAACCCCGGGCUGGAACAGCGAAUUUCCUUCGCAACGAUCUCAUCAACCGUGAAGGGAAAUUAAAAUAGACCGAUCAGCGGCCAGGUAGCAAGUCGUUGCCCAACAGAAGGCGGGCUUCUUAGAGAAUUCAGAAGAGUACCAGAUGGUUAAAUUAACCAUUAUUGCGCGGGUCACAGACGGUCUACCUUUGGCAGAAGGUCUUGAUGAUGGACGGGAUCAGCAAAAAGAUUUGGAGUUUUACAAGCUGCAAGCUAAAUCGCUCUUUAAGAAGCUUUCUCAAGGUCAACACGAGCCGUCUCGCAUGUCAGUAGAGACCGGGUCCUACUUCUUCCAUUACAUUAUCGAGGGUGGUGUCUGCUACCUGACUCUAUGUGAACGCUCUUACCCCAAGAAACUUGCUUAUCAGUACCUGGAAGAACUGCAACGAGAGUUUGAAAAGGUUAACAGGAGUCAAAUCGAAACUGUGGCGAGACCCUAUGCCUUCAUCAAAUUUGAUACCUUCAUUCAGAAAACGAGGAAGCUCUACCUGGAUACUCGGACUCAACGUAACUUGUCAAAGUUAAACGAUGAUCUAUACGAGGUUCAGCAGAUCAUGACCCGCAACAUUCAAGAAGUGCUAGGUGUCGGGGACAGACUGGACCAGGUCAGCCAAAUGUCGAAUCGUCUUACUUCAGAAUCCCGCCAUAUGGUUAUGAUGGCUAAGGAUCUCAAUCGGCAGGCAUUGAUCAAGAAGUGGGCACCGGUGGUAAUUGUUGUAGGAGUUGUAUGUACUAUGUUGUUGCUGAGGCGAUACAUUUUCGGCUGAUUUUCUUUUAUAUAUUGGUUACCAUUAUUUCAGAGUUACAUCCAUUUGUCAAUAGUGUGCUUUAUUCCCACGCGUCAAAGUUGGGCUAAAGCAGCUCUCGAUUUUGUACUGUCAAACCGAGGGACUUCUCUCUAUGCUCUCAUUGCCGUUGGUAAACAGGGCGGUUGGGUUCGAGUAUCCAAGGACCAUGGUCAUGUGGUUUUAUCAUCCAAGGAAAUUGUGCUCGUCUCUUCGGGUUUGCAAUAUAGUUGUCAAACGAUUUCCUUUCUGCGAUUUUGCAACCUCUUGUAUACGGGUAACAUAGCGGUAGGUAUCAACACAUGUCGUCCUUUGUGUUGUACGUUCUCAUUAGACUCAAGUCCUCACUAAGUUUGCAUGGGAGUCUCAGUCUCAAUCUCAAUCUCAAUCUUGGCAAAAUAUUUGCAUGCUCUUGACAGUCGUUCAUAACGAAGUGAAACAUGUUGUGGACAUAUUUGAAGAGAGGUAGUUCAGGGCAGUUGAGGCAGCACACACGUUGGAUAAGCUUUCAUUGUUUCAAUGG